AUGAUUAAGCGCAGUGAUAUUUUAUUGAAUUUUCGAUUAUUUUUUAACAGUGCUGCUCUGUUACAUCUUGUAUUUGUUGCGAUAAUGGUUCUGCCAAUUGAUAUGUCAAAGGAUGAAGACCCCAGGAUAAGAAUAUACAUUCGAGUCAGAUGGAAAUUAAUAACGUGUUGGUGCAAUUUGAUGCUGCUGGCGUACUUCUUGAUCUCUUUUUACUGUGACUGGGAAGAGAAGCUAGGCAAGUGGAAUGGAAAGAAUGUCUCAAGUUUAAGACUGAUUCGAGACAACUUUAUGACGAGUAUUGUAUUUCCAGUUACAUUGUCUUGCGAUACUAUAUUUUGGUUCCUGUGGCAUAAAGACCCAACAUUAAUAGCACCGAUGGCCGUGUUCAGAUAUUUGCCAUUUUGGGCUCAGCAUUCUUUGCACACAUUGUCAGCGAUUAAAGUUGUGGUAGACAUUCUUUUGGUGCCCCGAAGAAAACCGGCUAAUUUACUACCUGGCAUUGCGAUAAUGUAUUCGUUUUGUGCUAUUUACUAUACAGUAACUGCAGUAAGUCACAUGAAUGGCGAACCCGUGUACAGCUUAUUUAAAUUUCUUAAUCAUUUUGAGUUAAUAUUAUUUGCAGUCCUCACUGCAUUCAUAAACUUAUUCUUUUACUUACUCCAAUGGUAUAUUAUAGGUUUUGUUUGGAAUAAAACAUUUAUUAAAAACCAUGUAAAUACCGCUUAUAAACAAAAAUAGCUUUCAAAUUUAGGCAAAUUGAAACAAUUGUUAGUUUUCAAAGGUUUAAGGUGUUUUCGCGUCAUCAAUUUAAAUAACAUUAAUGGUCAGCAAAUAGGCUUAGAUUGUCAAAAGUAUGAUAUAUAUUAAUUUAUAAACAUUAGGUCAUAAACGAUCUCUCAUAAAUUGUGAAAAAGACUUUGAUUAUUUUAGAUUAUUUAAUUACUUUACCAGUCCAUCGGCGCUAAAAAAAUAGUGGUACGAAAUUCGCCGUGUCAGCUAGUACAUAUAUAAUAACCAAGAUAAGUAUGAAAAAUAUUGAGAAAGUAAUUAGUUAUAUAUAAUUAAUAAAGUAGCUUAAUCAUACAUUUAUUUUAAAAAGUAUAACAUAAAUAUAUUAAAGUACGUAAAUACCUCGUGUAAGAAUAAGUGUACAUAUUUAACUGCAAUAAAAUACAUUUUCUUUGUA